AUGUAAAACAAUUCACCAAUAAAAGGUCGACGUAUAUCAAACCAGAUAAAGUUGACAGGGAAGGUUCUAAAAAAGAAAACAGCAUCAGAGAUUGAGAUCGUAGGCCCUUCUGGAAGAGAUAUGGAUACUAGUGUGGUUGCGAAAAUUUAAAUAAAUUAGUACGAGAACUUGAAAUCUCAUAUGCAACAGUGUUAAAGUGAACUUAAAGUAGGAAAGAGUACAGAGAAGAUAAAAAAAAAAAAAUCAUUAGAUCGUACUGCUGCUAUUAAGAAGAGUCAGCAAUUGUAUAAGAAAAAGAAGAAAUCUACAAAAAUUAAAAAGAGUGUUAGUGCAGAAAGAGUAAAGAGCCAAACUAUAGAAUUUUCAUCUCCAGAAUGUGUACGUCGUAAAAAGGCAGCCACAUUUUUUAAUGAAAAACCAAAUAGUUUACAAGAUCAUCGUGAACGUCUUGGACUUACUUUUUUAAAUAAAAUAGGGACUAAAAGAAUUGAUUAAAUAUUAGAGCGUAUUAAAGUAAUUCUAUAGGGUUAGGUAAUAGAAUGUCAUCAAUAGAACAUUCACAUCAUCCUCCACUUACACCUGAGAAACAUCGUUAUCCUUAUGAAAUAAAACAUUACAUGAAAGAGAAAAAGAAAUUCUAUUCAUAAUUAGAAUCAAUUAAAUAGUAAUCAAUGUAAGAGAAAAGAAAACAUAUAGAUGAGAAUCUACGUUCUUUAGCUGAAAUUGCUAAAAGGAACUCACUUUCUAAUAGUAGAUCUCCACCAAGAGAUAGUACAAAUAAAAUUAGUGCAAAACCACUUAUGUUAAGUUAUGUAGCUAAUCGUAAAAGUACAUCACGUAAAUCAGGAGUACCAAAAUCUUUAAAGGAAUAAUUUAAAUAAUUGGAAGCUAGAUAUAAAACUUUAAAGAGUAAUAGUGAUGUUAUAUCAUUGAGAGAAUCUAGAAAUUAUGAACAUGAAAUGAAAGACUAAGCAGCUAAAUGUAUUUAGAGAUGGUAUAAAGGAUAUAAAACAAGAAGACUUUGGGAAAAAAAGAAAUAAAAAAAAUUAUUUAAAAAAUAAUAAUUAUAAUAAUUAAAAGAUACAGAAAUUAAAAGAUGGGAUAAUUUGAAAAUAUUUCUUUAAAAUCUAUAAGUUAAAUAAGAUAUUAUUGUAAUAGCAGAUUUAAUUGAAAGUUUAAUUAAAUAUGCUGAUUUUAAUAAAGAAAAUAUACUAUAAAAUAAUGUUGAAUAACCUUAAAUAAAAUUGAAACCAUAAAAAUUGAUCAUUGAUAAAACAGAAGUAUUUCCUCCAUAAAUUGGUUAAAUACUUUAACUAAGAGGAGAAUUAAUAAAAGAAAGAGAAAAAAAAGAAAAAUAAAUUUUAAAAGAUCUAUUAGUGUAGGAGAGAAUAUCACCACGUUCUUUUGGAUUAAAAGAAUAAGAAAUAGUAAAAUGGGGUGAAAAAGAAUUAGAAGCUUUACAUAAUAGUAAAUAAGUGAUAAAAGAUGGAUGGUUUAAAGCAUAUGAAACAAUUUAAAAGACUCAAAAAGAUUUACGUUUUGUGUAAAAAUUAGGUGAUGAUCAUUUUAAUAAAAUGAUGCCAUUAAGUGUUAGUCAAAGUAAUCUAUUAAAGAAUCAACUUAAUGAUUUGAAAAUUAAUGUAUAAAUAUUGAAUGAUUAAUAAUAGUUAUUAAGGGCUAGUUAUUCUGAAGAGAAUCUUUUAGAUUAAAAAAAGAAGCCACUUCAAAAUUCAGAAUAAUUAGAUAUUUAAGAGUAGCAAUUAGUAUCAUAUAAUUCGAAUCAAUCAAAUAAGACUUUGUCAUCAUAUAUCUAAGGUUUAGAAGUAAUAUAUUACCUAAGUAAGGGAUGUUCCAUUAGAUGUGGAAGAAUAGGGAUAAAUUUAGAAUUUACAAUAUGUUUAGACUCAUGUUGGUUAUGUGAAACAAUAUCUCGAGGAUAUCAAAAUUAUAGUUAAAAAUCAAUAUAAGAAUCAAUUCUUAUAGAUUAUUAAUUUAUGUAUAGGACCAUCUCCUUUUGAAAUCCUAAGAUUUUUUAGAUUAACUGAAGAAAUGUUAGAGUAAUCGUUAGAUGGUGGAUUUGUUCAUUAAGCAGUCUUAAACUUGGAAAUAUUUUCAAUUAAAGAAAAAGUUGGGACUGAGGAACUUUGUGUUAAUGAAAUGGAAAGAAUACAUAAUAAAGCUAUUUUUGAUGCCUUUAAUGAAGCACUUGAUUAUCAUCGUCCAUUUGGAAUUAAAGGAAGACCAUUACCAUGGAGAAAGAAUGUUAUUUGUAGGCAAGUUAACUCUGUAGAAGAAACACUUGAGAAAUCUGCAUUUAGAGUUGUAUAGUGGGCUGAAACUUUAAGUGGGAUUCUAUUACCAUAAGGUACUUAAGUAGAUAAUGAUAUUUUGCCAUAAGUUAGAGAAGAAAGAUUAGAUAAGAUGUUAAAGUAGGAAGUAAAUUAGAUAUUCAAUAUCCAUAGAUAUUCGAAACAGAUGAUAGAUGGUAAGAAUUUGAUGAAGAACAUACUGAAGUAGCAUUGGAGUUGAGUGAAUUAAUUUUUAAUCAUCUCAUUACUGAAGUUAUUACUGAAUUAAGAAAUUGA